AUGUCGAGACUCCCAGGAGAUAUCAUGGUUGAUAUUCUUGCGAGGUUACCAGUGAAAUCCAUUUUGAGAUUUAAGUGCGUGUGCAAAUCAUGGUGUCAGCUAUUCGAUGACAUAAAGUUCUGCAAAAGGCACUAUGAUGCCCAGAAGAAAAGCAAUAAUCCGAUUAAGAUUCUUGCUUGCAAGGGAAACGUCCUGUAUUCCAUAGAUGCUUAUAACUCAAUACUAUCUGGGGCUGUUGAGAUUGGCGAUUACCCGUUCUACAACAAAAACAAGUAUGAUAAAAAGUAUGAGUCUGCCCUCGGUAUUGUGGGUUCUUGUAAUGGCUUAGUUUGCAUACGUCCAACGCUAGAUCUAUUUUGCUUUUGGAAUCCGUCUACUAAGCAACACAAGAUUGUACACAAGGUACAACUGCUUGAUGAAAACCAAACGCCACUCUCCUGGUGUAUGUAUGGAUUCGGUUAUGACCUCAAGACUCAGGAUUACAAGUUGGUGAGAUUUGAAAGCUUUUAUGAUAUAACUCGUGCCACUCAAACCAAGGUCUAUUCAUUAGCAUCAAAUUCGUGGAGUACUGCUCUGCAUAACAUCCCUUAUACAAUCCCUUGCCGAGCAGAGCAAAGACCAUUGUACUUCAACGGAGCUCUUCACUGGUUAACAGACGACUCCAAAGUUUUACUUUCUUUUGAUCUUGGAGACGAGACAAUUCGUGAAGUUCCGGGGCCAUUAUUCAAUAACAACAGCUAUCGCAAAUAUGUGGACGUGUUGGGAGGGUGUCUUUGCAUCACAUGUAUCAUCCCGAGGGAUCGCGGGGAUGUAUGGGUUAUGAAGGAGUAUGGAGUGACAGAAUCUUGGUCUAAAGUAUUCACCAUUCCUCAACGAGCAAUAAAUUUUGCCCACUUCAGGCCGAUGGACAAUGUCUUAGUUUGCUAUAACCCAAAGCGUAAAAGGGCAGAAAUUCUAAAGAUCCAUGAGAGUACUGAUCCCGAAUGGUUGUUUGCCUAUACUUAUGAGGAGAGUUUAUUCUCUGCACGCCAUAAGCAGAACUCAGGUGGUAUUCUCCAUUUUUUGGAGGAUGAUCGAGUCGAACAAGAAGAAGCGUCACAUGAUCACAAGAGAAGAAAGGUUGCAAGUUGA